CCUCCCUGCGCCAUCCUCGGCCCGGCCCGUCCCGUCCCGCACACACGUGCCUGGCCAAGUGCCAAGAUCACAGUCAGAAGGGAGUCACCCAUGAAGAAUUGUCCAUGCAGCUAAGCAAACUUUCAUGGAUAAAGUUCAAAACAGAAAAGGGAAUGAAUACUGUGUACCUAGACAGCAAUACACCUUCAGCUGCAGACUACUGACAGAAAUCUAUAGACCACCAGUUUGGGAAACCUCAGCUUUAAAUUCUAAAUGGUUCAACAUUUGUGAUUUGCUUUCAACAAUUGUGUUCUUUCUAGCCAAAUGAAGACAGGUCGAGUGCUCUGUGAAGUACAGUACUGGAAAAGGAAGACGCUUGGAAAAUGCUGAGCUGCUUGUGAAGCUCUAGACACUGCAUGUUUAUGACUUGGUUUUCUAAGCAAUCUCCAGAGCUUGAACGGAUUACAGUGAUAUUUUAACAAGGCUGCUGGCAUCCAUCACCAGCUUUCACUUACUGAGAAAGCUAAAAGAUGGAAGAAUGUAAUUAUUUCCACAUAAUCUAAGUGCUAGUGGCUGAUUGUCACGAGGACUUUGAUGCUUUAAACUUCCUCAUCUUCUGAAGGCAAACAGCUUCCCCGCAGGGCAGCUGAGGACAUCGGGCUAGGGUGACUGAUCCCGGGAGGAGGAGAGGCGCAGGAGACCAUCCCCUCUCUCUGCUGCUGCUGCUGCUGCUGCUGAAGCCGUGCUGGAACCGGAGCCGUCGAUGUGGCUCCCCAGAUCCCUCUGAUGACACCACGAAUCUGGGAAUGAAGAACUUCUUAGAGCUGAUUGGAAAUGGCAUUGCGGAGCUGAAACUUAACUGGAGGAAAUAUAUCCCCUGAAGAAGAAAAUAUAAUGCACUGUAAGGAUCUGUCUUCUGGUGAAAAAUUCAAGCCUAGAGAAAACUUGUCUGCUUUGUUAGGAAGAAUGGGUUGGACAAUUUUCUUCAAUUCCAAAGGAUAUCUGAAUGCCAUGCUGAGCUUAAUCUCUGCAGCAUGCUCUGUGCUUCUCAUCUCCUCCUGAUGCACUGCAUGGUUAUUCUGAAGGAGAGGAUAAAGAAACUGGCCACCAAGAUGGUAAUCACUAGUGGAAAUGAAGAAGAUAAAGGCAGUCAAGAAAAGGAAAGCAAAGAAGAAACCAUCUUGGCAAUGCUUGGAAUUAUUGGGACAAUUCUGAACCUCAUUGUGAUCAUUUUUGUGUAUAUUUAUACAACGUUGUAAACUAGAAGGCAUGCAAAUAGACCAGAUAAAACAGCCAUUAAGAGUGACAACAAACAUUGUUGACUAUUGACAAGUUCUUUAAUCAGAAUUGACUCUGUAUUAUAUUAACACAUCAUAAAAGCACUGCCUGAAGGCAGCGAAGACUGAAGCACAAUUAAUUUAACGAGACUUUUUCACACAGUAAUAAGCUUAACUCUUCUCUCCUGCCCUCUCCCUUUCGGUUUGGUUUUCAGUUUGGGGGAGAAUGACUGCAGUUAUAUAAGUUGCAGCUUGGAAGAAAUCCACCAGGGAUAGGUUGUUUUAACACAACUGAAACAAACAAACAAACAAACAAACAAAAAAGGAAAGGAAAGGAAAUAAAAGGGAAAGAAAGAAAGAAAGAAACUGUACACUAUAUAUAAUUAGAAAUGUAUGCUGUAUACCCGCAAAGAUUGAACUCAAAGAUAGCUUCAUAGCACAGAUCAUGUGUCUGUUAGGUCAAAUGGGUUUUCCUCUUGGUUUUUGCUUUUACUUACAUUGAAUCUGACAAGCUUUUUAUUUAGAAUCAACAUAUGGUGCAACCAUGAAAAAAACAAUUCCAUUGAGCAAGGUCUGCCUAAACCUGAUAAAAUGUAGGCAGAAAUACAUUACAUGGUUAUUUUUCCUUUCUCAUUUGCUUAACCUCUGUGUCUGUUCAUACCAAUGUUUAUAAAUAUAUAUUUUUAAUAAAUGUGCUAUAUUUUUAGCAUGAACCAAA